GCCCGGCGCGGGCAGAGCCACUGCCGAACCCUGCGCACCGGCCCCGGAGCCCGCUGAGCCCAGAGCCGCUACACCGCGCCCGCCUCCCGCUGACCGACCCCCGAGUCCUGCUACACCGACAUCCAUUGCACAGACCGCACCACACAGAGAUCCACUGCACGGAUCCCCGGACCCCCACCGGGCGGACUCCGCCGCGCGGACCCCCGCAUGCCACUACGCCGACAUCCACUGCACGGACCCCACUACACAGAGAUCCACUGCGCGGAUCCCCAGACUCCACCGGGCGGACGGACUCCACCGCGCGGACCCUCCAGCAGCCCCGCCUGCGAACCGCAUCGCCCCGAGCCCGGGCGCACGGUGCCCGGAGCCGCCGGUGCGGGGGGCAUGGCACCCGGGGGGAGCCGGCCCUGGGGGUCUCUGCUGCCGCUGCUGCUGUUGCCGCUGCUGCCGGCGGCGGGCGGCGGGUGCGCGGCGGAGGGCGGCCCGCUGGAGCCCUUCGAUGCGCUGUACGCCAGCGGGGUGGAGGCGUACUACGGCGGGGAUUUCGCGGGCGCGGCGCGGUGCCUGGAGCGGGCGCUGCGCAGCCGGCGGGAGCUGCGGGCGGCGCGGCUGCGGUGCCGGCGGUCGUGCCGCGGGCAGGUGCGGCUGGAGGCGCCGGGCCCGGGCGCCGGCGGGGACCUGCCCUUCUUUGGGUCGGUGCUGCGGCGGGCAGACUGCGUGCGGCGCUGCGAGGAGCCGCGGAUCGGGGCCGCCUCCCGACACCGCGCCGCCGAGGAGGUGCGCGCCGACUUCCAGCGCAGGGUGCCCUACAGCUACCUGCAGCGCGCCUACAUCCAGCUGAACAAGCUGGAGGAGGCAGCAAAUGCAGCUCACACCUUCUUCAUGGCAAACCCUGAGCACAUGGAGAUACAGCAGGACAUCGAGAACUACAAGACCACGGCAGGGAAGGUCAGCUUGGUUGAUCGGGAGGCCAGGCAGCACAUGGAGGACUACAGUGCUGGAGUGAGGCACUACGACAAGGAGGAGUACGAGCUGGCCAUUGAGUUUUUGGAGCGCGCGUUGAAAGGGUACUACGCCGAGGAUGAAGAUUGUCAGAUCAUGUGUGAGGGACCACAGAGAUUUGAGGAACACGAGUACCUGGAUUAUAAAGCUGGACUCUACGAAGCUAUUGCAGAUCAUUACAUGCAAGUCCUGGCCUGCAAACAUGACUGCGUCCGAGAACUCGCCACACGUUCGGGCCGUAUCUCACCCAUCGAAAAUUUCCUUCCCCUCCAUUAUGACUACUUGCAGUUUGCCUAUUACAGAGUUGGUGACUAUGUAAAAGCCCUGGAGUGUGCCAAAUCCUACCUCCUCUUCCACCCCGACGAUGAAGACGUCUUGGAGAACGCAGGUUAUUACGAGGGUCUGUUGGAGGGUGCAAUGGAUCCAAACACCAUCAAACCCAGAAAGGAAGCAAAAACACUCCUGCAGCGCCAUAAGCUGGAGUCCCACCUCUUGCAAGUGGCUGCAGCCGGCCUUGGAUACGCCUACACAGAGCCGAACUACUGGAACAGGUAUGGAGCCCGCCAGGAUGAGCACAGUGUCCCAUCAAGUAUCAGCAGUGAACCAGAGGAUGGGCCCCGGCUGUCCCUGGCAAAGAAACCCAUGCCAAAGCCAGAUCGAGAGUUGAAGGAGGGGGGCCCACUUCUCUACAACGAUGUGAAGUUCGUCUACAACUCAGAGCAGCUGAAUGGCACCCAGCGAGUGCUCCUGGACAACGUCAUCUCAGAGGAGCAGUGCCGGGAGCUGCACAGGGUGGCCAGUGGCAUCAUGUUGGCUGGAGAUGGUUACAGGGGCAAAACCUCCCCCCACACCCCAAAUGAGAGAUUUGAAGGAGCCACCGUCCUCAAAGCCCUCAAGUAUGGCUACGAGGGCCGUGUCCCACUGAAGAGUGCCCGGCUCUUCUACGACAUCAGCGAGAAGGCUCGCAGGAUCGUCGAGUCCUACUUCAUGCUGAACUCCACGCUCUACUUCUCCUACACACACCUGGUGUGCCGCACCGCCCUCUCUGGCCAGCAGGAGAGGAGGAAUGACCUGAGCCACCCCAUCCAUGCUGACAACUGCCUUUUGGACCCUGAAGCCAAUGAGUGCUGGAAGGAGCCUCCUGCCUACACCUUUAGGGAUUACAGUGCCCUCUUGUACAUGAACGCGGAUUUUGAAGGCGGCGAGUUCAUUUUCACCGAGAUGGAUGCCAAAACUGUGACGGCCUCCAUCAAGCCCAAGUGUGGGCGAAUGAUCAGCUUCUCGUCGGGCGGCGAGAACCCCCACGGGGUGAAGGCAGUCACCAAAGGCCAGCGGUGCGCCGUGGCUCUCUGGUUCACCUUGGACCCUCUCUACAGAGAGCUGGAGCGAAUCCAGGCAGAUGAAGUGAUCGCAAUGUUGGACCAGGAGCAUCUAGGACCCAGUGAAAUGAACAUAAACUCAAAGGAUGAGCUAUGAACUAGGCCAAAGACUUUUUCUAUUAAAUAUUUAUUUAAUAUUGUUAAUCUUAUUAGAACCCUUCUAUUUUUGUACAGAGACACUGUAUAAAUUAACAGAUUAAUAUGAUUGUGGAGUUUCAGGAGUGCCUCUUCUGUGUUUAGCACAGCAUUUGCUGAGACCCUCAUCCCUGUGCCAGCACCUCCUGGUGGGGCUGACUCUGCUUCCAGCCUUUCCUAUUCUUCUCUAGCACUUCUCAGGACUCAUUCAGGCCUGCUGUACUCCCUUGGAGGACCUGUUCUUUUUCUCCCUCAACUGAAAAUAGCUGCUUCUCUUUAGCAUCUGCUAGAGAAAUGUCUCAGGUGUGCUAAUGGACCAGUCUUCCUGCUCCUGCUAAGUGCUAGCUGAA